GGUGGUGUCUCUUGAGCGCAGUUUCAAGAUUCAUCUUGAGAAGGUAGCAGUACAUUUACCGCUCAAAGUGAGUCCGGAGCCUAAGGCGUGGGCUUGGAGUCCUGACUCAAAAGAUACCUUGUUUUUUUUCCUUGUUUUUACCGGGCCGAACGUCGUUCCGCAAGGGCUCGGCAAGAUGAGUGACAGGAGUCGACUAACGGGAAAGAUUGGAGAUGAAACUUUGAUUGAGAUGAGCCAGAACUCCCUAUGUGAUGGGGACAACAACGGCUUCCCCCACGAUACUGACGACUAUCCCCAGCCUGACCCUUCAGAGUCUCCCACUCCUUACAUCAACCCUCCUGAUCAUGGCUCCUGUGAGUCUCUGGGUCCUGGGGUCCAGGGUCAUGGUACCUGUGAUUCUCUGGGUCCUGGGGUCCAGGGUCAUGGUUCCUGUGAUUCCCUCUGCUCCAGUUUGCCCUCCAUCCACUCUCACCACUCAGGCUCUGACCACAGUGACAGCAGCCCUGAACGUGGACAGAUCCUUAGACGUUUGUCCACCGUGACUGGGCUGACUGGGGUUGACAAGCAUCAGCAGAGUAAAGACUCUGUGUUCUUCCGUGAUGGAAAGAGGAGGAUUGACUUCAUCCUGUCCUAUGUGGAUGACCGAGACGGAGAGAGGAAGCAGGAGAGGCGGAAGGAGUACGAGGCGAACCUACAGAAGGCAGGUCUGGAGCUGGAGACAGAGGAUCAAUCGGAGUCAGAUGAUGGUAAGACAUACUAUGUGAAGAUCCACACUCCGUGGGAUGUGCUAGCCACCUAUGCCGAUGUCCUCAAGAUCAAGGUUCCCUUCAAGGCCAACGACAUCCCCGCACACAAGGACAUUCCCAUGAACUGGCUGUUCACUCCCUUCCGUCUACCGAACCACAUUAUGAAUCCUGAACCAGACUACUUCACCUCACCCUUCAACAAGGAAAAGAUUGACUUCUUCCUUAUCGAUGACAAGGAGACCUUCUUCCCUCCCUCUGUCCGCAACAGGAUAGUGUACUAUAUCCUGGCCCGCUGUGCGUACUACAAGGAGGACAGUGAUGACAAGAACAAGAAGGGCAUCAAGCGCCUGCUCAACAACGGGACCUACGGGGCUGCCUUCCCACUACAUGAUUCUCGCUACUGGAAGGCAUCCAGAGACCCCAACAGUGAGAGUGAGAGAUUCAGCCUCUACAAACACUGGGCCCGGUUCUUCAGUUUCUUCAAAGAGCAGCCUCUCAAUUUGAUACGGAAGUAUUACGGGGAGAAGAUUGGGAUCUACUUUGCCUGGCUGGGUUUCUACACUGAGAUGCUGUUCUUCGCUGCGGUAGUCGGCCUGAUCUGUUUUCUCUAUGGAUUGUUCACCUUCGAUGACAACGUCUGGAGUAAAGAAAUCUGCAGUGAGGAGAUUGGAGGCAACAUUAUCAUGUGUCCGCUGUGUGAUAAGACGUGUGGCUACUGGAAGCUCAACUCAACGUGUAACUCCUCCUGGCAAUCGCAUAUGUUUGACAAUGUGGGGACAGUUUUCUUUGCCAUAUUCAUGGGGAUUUGGGUGACUCUGUUUCUGGAGUUCUGGAAGCGUCGGCAGGCCCGGCUGGAGUACGAGUGGGACCUGGUGGACUUUGAGGAAGAGCAGCAGCAGCUUCAACUACGACCAGAGUACGAGAUCAAGUGUACCAGCCGCAGAGUCAACCGCGUUACACAGGAGAUGGAACCAUACUUUCCCGCAAAAUCCCAGUGUGCUCGUACAUUCCUGUCUGGAGCCACCGUCAUAUUCUGGAUCUCCCUGAUCAUAGCGUGUAUCAUCGGGGUGAUAGCCUACCGUUUGGCGGUGUACGCUGCGUUCGCCAGCAUCAUGAAGGACAGCCCCACCAAUAACAUCCACAUGGUGGGCUCCCUCAUCACCCCGCAGCUCGCCACCUCCGUCACCGCCUCCUGCAUCAACUUCGUCAUCAUCAUGAUCCUCAACGUGAUGUAUGAGAGAGUGGCCAUCUGGAUCACUGACAUGGAGAUCCCCAAAACACACCUGGAGUACGAGAACAAGCUGACAGUGAAGAUGUUUCUGUUCCAGUUCGUCAACUACUACUCUUCCUGUUUCUACGUGGCCUUCUUCAAGGGGAAGUUCGUCGGCCGUCCCGGAGACUACAUCUAUAUGUUCGGCUGGAGCAAGCUGAGGAACGAGGAGUGUGAUCCUGGUGGCUGUCUCAUUGAGCUGACCACUCAGCUGGUCAUAGUGAUGGCAGGCAAACAGGUGUGGGGUAACAUCCAGGAAGCUCUGGUUCCGUGGCUGCUGAACUGGUGGGGGAGCCGUAAAGCCCGUAGCCACCCUGAGAGCCUGUACAGCCGCUGGGAGCAGGACCAUGACCUGCAGAACUUUAGCCAUCUGGGUCUUUUCUAUGAGUACCUGGAGAUGGUGAUCCAGUUUGGUUUCAUCACUCUGUUCGUGGCCUCCUUCCCUCUGGCCCCCCUGCUGGCGCUGAUGAACAACAUUAUAGAAGUUAGAGUGGACGCCUGGAAGUUCACCACCCAGUUCCGCCGGCCCGUGGCGGCCAAAGCCCACAGCAUCGGAGCCUGGCAGGAAAUACUGAACGGAGUUGCCGUUUUCUCAGUCGUCACCAACGCGUUCAUCGUAGCCUUCACAUCAGACAUGAUUCCCCGGCUGGUGUACAUGUAUGCCUACAGCCCUGACAACGAUCUCUCUAUGAAGGGCUACAUCAACAAUAGCCUGUCAGUGUUCAACAUCUCUGGGUUCUCUGAGGACAACCGGCCUGAUGACGGAGAGAGCCCUGAAUGGUUCAACAGCUCUGUCAUCACCACCUGCAGGUACCGUGACUACCGCUACCCUCCAGGCCAUGAGAAGCAGUACACUCACACCAUGCAGUUCUGGCACAUCCUGGCUGCCAAGCUGGCCUUCAUCAUUAUCAUGGAGCACGUGGUGUUCAUGGUGAAGUUCUUUGUGGCAUGGAUGAUUCCUGACGUUCCCGCGGAGGUGAAGGCCAGGGUCAAACGGGAACGCUACCUCAUCCAGGAGUACCUGCAUAACUACGAGGUGGAGAAUCUGAAGAUCCAGCUAAGCCACAGGAACGAUGACUGCUCCUCCAACCCCGUGGACCACCCCGACAUAACCCGGCGCCAAGUGCUCUCCGAGUGUCUCUAGCACCCGUCCUCGCCCUCCGCCCACUCGUUUGAUUUUGGCUCGUGUUCAUUAGGGCACACGACGGAAAACUUUUUAAAACGUUUUUCGACGGGAAAUUUAUAAUUGGCGUUUUUGUUAUCGGACAUGUCCGAGAUAGGACAUUUCCCAGUUUUGAGUCUGUUUUGUUCCGUUUGGUGCCUCAUGAACAAGACCCUGUUCAGAUUGGGCUGGGGCCUGGGCUGGUCUUAAGGAGAUUCUCUAUAAACUACCCUGAACGGUGGGAGAUCUGUCAGGGCUCUGUCUGCUGGUGGGGUAUAGAGGGAAAACCUCACAGAAAUAGCGCUUUGAUUACCUCUGUUGGUAGAAAGGUGCUGUAUAAAUCACAUUCAUCAUCAUCAUCAUCAUUAAAUACAAGACAAUACUACAUUUAGUGUGACAUGUUUAAAGCAGUGCCAGAUCUGUCCAUGUGUGGUCUAUGGGAUUUCAGAUCUCAUCUUCAAUCAACAACCAUUCACGCUAACAUACUAAGGCUACGUUUACACAGGCAGCUCAAUUCUGAUCUUUUUUUUUUUUUUUUACACUAAUUGGUGUUUUGACCAAUCACAUCAGAUCUUAUCACGUAAGAUUUUUUUUCAGAACUGAUCUAAUUGGUCAAAAGGCCAAUUAGUGGAAGAAAAAAAGAUCAGAAUUAUGUUGCCUGUGUAAAUGCAGCCUACUAGAUGCAGACUACAGCAAUAGAGUCCUGACUGACAACAAGAGGGAAGCAGGGAGCUGCGAAACAUGACUGCUUGCAUUGCAACGGUGUUGGGGCGGUAAAGCGUUACAAAAUAAUGCUCAGAAUCAUUUUCUUGUGGUAACGAGUAAACUAACGCGUUCGUUUUUUAAACGUAAGUAGUCCGUUACUUAGUUACUUUUUCAAAUAAGUAAUUUUACAAUAUUAUUUCUCCUUUUCUUUGUUAGCUGGUAGUUAGCUAGCGAGAUGGCAAAGACAACAGCCUUUAUUGUGGAAGUAUUUACAUUCGUUUGAACUAGUAGAAGAAAAUGACAGAUGUUACCCCUCGAAUCUUGACUGAAGGCGCUUUGCGGGAUUCACACGCCUCCAGGAUAUUUCUAAUUUAUUGUCGUGUAAUAAAAACAAACCGCGUAGCAAGGUGAUCAAGUUAGGCUCAGUAGAUAAGAGUGGACAUUUAUCCUGCUCCGGCUUCACCAUCAUUUAUACAGGAAAUGGCACUAGAAUUACACAAUGGGAUCGUAUAGUUUAAUAAAAAUCCAGUUAGUUUCUGUGUGUAAUAACAGAUUGGUAGCCUGAGCUGACCUUUUACUGAGACCAGUUGGUUUUAUAUAGGUAUUUACUGAUGUGUAAUUGUAAAUGAGAUAUUGCGUCUUGUCAAUAUUACUUGAGUUGGGCUACGGACAUUAGGCUCUGCAAGCCAUUCAAAGGUGGUGUGCGCCCUCUACUGGGCAUAAGAAGGAAUGACCAACACGUACUCGUUCUCUUCAGAGGGUUGUUUUUGGAAACGCAAAUGUUACUUUCCGUUCUUUUAAUGCAAGUAACGUUAUAACGUAACUCAUUUCUUUAAAAAGUAACAUUCCCUGUAAAUCGUUAUGUCCAUUUCAUAUUCAUAUCUCCUCUCCCUUAUAAGUUUACUAUCUAUUAAAUGAUUGUACUCUGAAGAAGUGAUGAGACUUUGCUGGUCAUUCACAAUCACAAUGCUGUACAAACAUUGUGUUAACGCCAGGCAACUUUAGCUAGCUCUCAGCCUAUCACACCAAAUGCAAUCACUGUGUUCAUUUUGAUACUAUUAGCAACCAAAAACAAAAUGCCUUAAUAUUUUUUACAAAUUCAUUGUUAAAUGAGUAAAGAGGCUACAGUUAGUUAAAUUUUGAAGUAAUGUCAGUUGAACGUUUAAACGUAUUUACUAAUCUUCUGCAACUUGCCAACUUAGCUUCUGUCCAAGGUCCAAGUAUCAGACGAUAUGGGAAAAGUAUUACUUUUUUCACAUAUCAUCUGAUACUUGGCCUCAGCAAUCAUUUCCUUAUUUCAGAAGUCAGGAUUUGGGCAGGAGAGGAGAGUGGGCAGUAGCAGCUGGUGUUUACUGUUGACUGUGUGUGUUCUGUUCUUUAAAGAUGAGUGAGAUAGAUAGAUAGAUAGAUAGAUGAAAGAGAGGAGAUCAAUCCCUUUUUAUUGUGCCUUUGUUUACACACUCACUAAUGAAAGCUUAGCUUGUCCUCACCUACUGGGGCUAGUCAUGUCCCUCAUACCACCAUACCUCUCUCGCUCUCUCCUUCCAUCCAAAACACAUUGCUCUCUCUCUCUCUCUCGCUCUCUCUGUCUGUCUCUCUCACUCUAUCCAUCCAAAACACAUCACUCUCUGUCUCUCUCACUCUCUUUCUCCAUCCAUCCAAAACACAUCACUCUCUGUCUCUCUGUCUCUCUCACUCUCCAUCCAUCCAAAACACAUCACUCUCUGUCUCUCUCUGUCUCUCUCACUCUCCAUCCAUCCAAAACACAGCAUUUAGCCUUUCAUCAUGACUGGUUAUAUUUUCUGGUUUUAUGUUCGUGAUGAAAAAGAAAGAUUAACAUUAUUUUAUAGUUUUUUUGUUGUUGUUGCACAAAGCACUUAAAUAAAUGACACUAGCUGAUUGCUGAUCUGUUUCUGCUGUGUGACUCGAAUGCAGUUGACGAGACAGUACAAACAGAUUAUUCCCGGGGAACGCUGCAUACUGUAUGUUCGGCUCAAAUUACUUUCGCAUUUCAGUUGCACUAUAUACCACAGAUCUCCAGUGCUACAGACUGAAUCGAGCCCUUUAAUGUUUAUCUACAAGGAACAAACCUAUUGUACUGUAGAUGUUGCAGAGAUAUAAUUCAAUGAAAUAUAUUUCAAAUGGAUCCCACCCUUUUUAAUCGCACAUAAUUAUAUAUGUUUGGACUUGAAUCUAGAGUCUAAAAAGAAGGAGAAUAAGAAAAUCGGUUGAAGCAUGUACAAUCAGUGAAUAAAAGUUGUUUUAUUGAAUGGAGGAUGUGUUUCCAAAGGUAUAAAUGUACUACCUAUGUAAGGUAAUAUCAAUUUAAGAAGUAAUUGUUUUCUUUAUUAUAGCUGGCUAUACCUCAAUCUCAGGCUGAACAUCCUAAUAUAGAAUGUUUGGUACGAAAAUAAAACACAAAUGUGUUUACAAUAUCAAGUGACAUGUAAAACACCAAUAGCCUACAUUUGACUGAUGAAAUGUUCUUUCCAAUGCUGUGGGCUCUAUGAAGCUAAUGCUUUUGUUCGUGCCUCAAAAUAUCACCUAUAGACUUUUGUGUGUCCUAAAAGUAUCUCUUUUAUUAAUUUCUUAUGUUUUUCCCUCUUGAAUAUCUGUUUUCGUCCUUUUCUGUAUUUUAUUGCAUAAAUCUGUUAAAAAAUAUAUAUAUAUAUAUAAUAAUAUUGAUUUUGGAUCUUGAUUUUCGAAAAAUUGAGUGUUUUUAAUUUGUUUGGCUUUUUCUAUCAUUUUAAUUGUGAUACACUGCUCAUGUAUGCGCGAUAGUUUUCACUGUUGGACUGUAUUAUGCCUGAAUUGUAAAGUGAAUAAAUUGCCAAACAAUUACCAAAA